CAUUUCACAUAUAGAGAGAGAGAUAAGAGAAAAAAACUAAUGGCUAAGAAAGGUGAGUCCAGUUAACCUCAACUUGCAUGCGCAUUAAAUCAUUCAAGCAAGAAGCCAAUGAACACAAUGUUAAAUUCCUCACAUGCAUUAUUUUCACUUAUCUUUCUCUACUGCAUUUUCUUCUCCUCACUCGCUUUGUCCUCGCCAGUUUCCGACCCCGAGCUCAUCGUUGACGAAGUCCACAGGAAAAUAAACGAGUCUAUAUCAAGAAGGAACUUAGGAUACUUUUCGUGUGAGACCGGUAAUCCAAUCGAUGAUUGUUGGCGAUGCGACAAAGACUGGGAGAAAAACCGGAAACGGUUAGCUGAUUGCGGAAUCGGUUUUGGAAAAAACGCAAUUGGUGGUCGCGAUGGUGAAAUUUACGUGGUCACCGAUCCAGGUAACGAUGAUCCAGUAAACCCUAAACCGGGAACACUGAGAUACGCAGUCAUUCAAGAUGAACCUCUUUGGAUCAUAUUCAACCGAGACAUGACGAUCCAACUAAAAGAAGAACUCAUAAUGAACUCCUUCAAAACCCUAGACGGACGAGGAGCCUCCGUACAUAUCGCUGGUGGGCCGUGUAUAACCAUACAAUACGUGACAAACAUCAUCAUCCACGGUUUACACAUACAUGAUUGUAAGCAAGGUGGGAACACCUACGUACGAGAUUCUCCAGAGCACUACGGGUGGCGGACGAUAUCCGACGGUGACGGUGUUUCGAUUUUCGGUGGGAGCCACGUGUGGGUUGAUCAUUGCUCGUUAUCGAAUUGUAACGAUGGGUUGAUUGAUGCGAUCCGUGGGUCGACGGCUAUAACGAUUUCUAAUAAUUAUUUGACGCAUCACAAUAAGGUUAUGUUAUUGGGACAUAGUGAUACGUAUGAACAAGACAAGAAUAUGCAAGUCACUAUCGCUUUUAACCAUUUUGGAGAAGGCCUCGUCCAACGAAUGCCAAGGUGUCGACAUGGAUAUUUCCAUGUGGCGAACAAUGACUAUACACAUUGGGAAAUGUAUGCAAUUGGAGGAAGUGCUAAUCCUACCAUCAACUCUCAAGGCAACCGUUUUCUUGCUCCUGAUGACUCUUUUAGCAAAGAGGUAACAAAGCAUGAGGACGCUCCCGAAAGCGAAUGGAGUCAUUGGAAUUGGAGAUCCGAAGGAGAUCUAAUGCUUAACGGUGCAUUCUUUACACUUUCUGGAGCUGGACCAACUAAAUCGUCAAGCUAUUCGAGAGCCUCAAGCCUAGCUGCUAGACCGUCUUCUAAUGUUGGUGAGAUAACUCUAUCAUCUGGUGCACUCAGCUGCAAAAAGGGUUCCCACUGCUGAUCAUACGCCCACCAGCGUGUAUGUAUUUGUGUGUAUAUACAAUAUGAUGAAACCAGCAAUUCAAAGCUAGUUGUGUA